AUGUCCUAUGUUCAACAGGAAUAUAAAAAAUAGUCAACACAGACUUUUCCAGACCAGUGUGGUUUUUUUUUACAAUUUAUGUUUCAUUUUUCUCUCCCAGGAAAUGCCAUCCUCAACCACGAUAUGAUAGUUUAUAUAACAUGUAAGUAACUUAUCGUAUGCAUUAAGUUUUAUUAUCAUUUUAAUAGGGGGGAGGUCAUUGGUUCGCGCAUGCGUGUCAAAAGGUUGCGAGUUCGUUCCUGCCGGAUGACCGCGGUAGUUCCACAACGAGACCGCUCGCAGUCUGCCGCAUUCACUUCCACGCCACACAUCGCCGCGUAAAAGUUUCCUAUCACAUAGUCAAGGGAUAUUUCAAAGUUUUCUCUAAAGGAACGUUCGUCAAGUUCUCUAUGUCGUGUACUGUGUAAGUUCGAAUCGUCGUCAUGCGGUGUUUGACAGCGGUGUUUUUCAUCGCCUUAGUUUGUUCAGUACGAGCUCAAGAUGAUCUACCAGAACCUUCACUCAAGAUAAUGGCGAGAUCGACAGUCUACAAUGUUGGUGAAACAAAAGCCAUCUUUUGUAAAGGACAAAACAUACCGCCAGAGUAUACUAUUCAAUGGUACUCCCCCUCGAACAAGAUAGUCGAGGAGCGAUCCACCAAGAAUAGCAGAGUGUUCGUGGAACGGAAGACUGAAGACAAUGGCGUCCUGGUGCCACUCAUCAUUCAUCGCAUUAAAAUUACGGACGGAGGCAACUGGACCUGCAGAGCAUCUCCGAAUCUCACUGAAACUAGAGAAUUUAUUGUUGGAGAAAAAGUGAACAUCGCAGAUAGAAACGUGACCUUGGAAGGUGAGGAAGGAAGGUCGAUCAAGUUGACUUGUGAGGCCAAUGGCUACCCCACGCCAGUCGUCGUCUGGUACAAGGACAAGCAGCAGAUUAAAGAUAAGGAAGACCCUAAGAAGUACACUAUUAAACAGGAUAACACUUUAGAGAUUAAGAAGCUGAAUCACGCUGAUGUUGGCCUCUAUGUUUGUAAAGUCAGGCAAAAGGCGUUGUCACAUUACACUGAGAAGACUGUCCAUCUUUCCGUUCAACAUAAACCUAUACUGUACAACAGCGACACGCAAAUGGUUUACACUAACCAGAGAUAUAAGACUGAAGAAGUUUAUGCCAUUUUAAAUGACACUAAGAACGUGACGUGCAGUGCUAUCGCCAACCCCCCACCCACUUACAGAUGGUACAGGAGGAGGAACAGCUUUGAUGAACCUAUCACAGACUCUGAAACGGUCGUCACUUCUGAAGAUGGAACCAGCUCUGUUCUCGUCUUAAGGAUCCGAGAUGACAGCUACUACGGUGAAUACAAGUGUUCUGCCAACAACACCAAGGGAACCGAAUCUAUCAUCUUUCACGUCAACCCUGGCUCCAAGCCUGAGCCCCCAGAUUCCGUGGAGCUCGCCGGGCGCAACUUAACUGAGCUGACGUUCAACGUUUCGUGUCCAUCCUGCAUCUUCGCUACAGGAGAAGAAGUUUCACCAAACCCCAAUAACUUGACUGUCCUUGGAUACAUUUUCCAACUUGCUCCUGCGAAGGAAGGUUAUCCAGCUGAUUGGGAUGAAGCACCCGAAUUCAGUUUGAACAUUGAAGAUCCUGAUGAUACCCUGUUCACGGUGGGGCCUCUCUCGAACAGCACGACGUACCACGUCCGUGUCCGCACCCGCAAUGCCGCCGGCAACUCCGAGUGGCUGGAGAUCGGUGACGCCAGCACCACUGAUGACGCAAUCAGGCUCACCGCCACACUCCUUAUCAUGAUUCCCGCCAUCAUUAUGCUCUUCUUUAAGUAAGCUUUGUAUGACGUGGGGAUACUUUGAGUUAUAUGUAUAAAAAGGUCUAAUGAUUGGUUAAAAUACGGUUUCUUUUUCGUCUUCGAGAAUUGGGCCAUGCGUUAAAGCUUUAUUAAUUAAGUAUGCUAAUAAAUUAUUUCUUAUUUCUCAAUAAAUUGAUUUCCGUGUUUUUGUGAAUCUCGUUAUUGAAUUACCAAGUAUUGAUAUACGUUCAAGUUUCAUUUUUUAUCUUUUAGUAUCAAAUUCUUAAACAUAUUUACCUACCUAUAUACGCCAAAGAUUAAGCCAAAUUCAUAACAACUUGUGUUUGUAAAAAUAUUUUUAAGUAAUAAUUUAUCCCCAUGACAUUCCAAAGCAAAUGUAGAUAGAUAAUGUUAAUUUAAAACAAAAUAAUUGUCUAUUAAUGAAGUUUUAAAUAAUUAAGUGUUCAAUUCUCUUACCAAAUAUUUAAACAGCCUGAAAUUAUAGUUUAAUGUAAGGUAACAUUGUAUUUAAUAACUGGAUAUGUGAAAAUGGGUGUUAGUUACAACUAGGACGAUGGAUUCGGGCUUAUUGUUACUUUGCAAGGAACUAUUGUAUAUUGUAUUGCUGUGAUGUGCAUAACCGUUAGAUAAGGCGUGCCCUGCUAAACAAAACAGUGUAAAUUCCAUCAGUCUUCUAAACCUCAACUUAUAAAUUACGAACUCGUUAGACGUUUUCGAAAUAGAAAUAAGUAUUUAUUGCAAAAUUGAAUUAUUUCUGAAGUCGAUAUAAUGAAAGCCAAACAAUUAAUUAAAAAGUUCGGAAUGAAAUUCAAGAUAAUCUGUACACUUGGAUGUCUCUUUGUAAAUAUUAAAGUACCUUAUAUUAUGUUAGCUGAGCGUUGAAGUAAUUUAGUUAUUUAGGUUAUCGCUUAUGUAAAGAAGUCAAUGGUAUACUUUUGGAACUAACAUAAUUAAAUAAGCUGUUUUCAACACACCCAUUUUAUAACGCAUUUUUUUUUUCGAUCCUAACUUUCAUAAAUGUUUAUUCUUCAAAAAUAAUACCAAUCUCACUUUACAGCUUUAUUAAUCAAAAUAGAAAACCAACUAUCGUGUUACAGAAUGCCUCUUCCGCCAACUCUUUAAAUGUUAGCUCCAAAAGUGAGAUGUACUCGUAGCUGGAACAAUCUCAACCAUACACCGAUGUAUGUGUAGUAUUUUAGGGUUAUAUUUUAAGUUCUUGUCGUUAGUAGUAAGUUUAAUUUUAAAACAACCUUAUUUAUAAACGAUUUGCUAUGUGUUCUUUUUAACACCAACUAUUUCUAAACGUAGCACAUUUGAUUUCGUUUUUAAAUAAGGUAGUAAAUGAUCACGAAAUCGAAUCCUUAACAUUAUGAACUAUGACAAUAUUUGUGCAGGUACUAUUUUAUUAGUUGGUUGUAAUUUUCUUUCACUUAUAAUACUAACCUAAACAAAAAGCGGUCAAUUUGAUGACUUAUUGCGUAAGUCCCAGUUCUACCAAUUUCUUGCAGGAAGACUGAUUAUAUUCUAUUGUAUAUUGUUUUCCUUUAUAUCGCUUCCUUAGAUAGGUUUACCUUAAUGAGCUGUAAAUGAUCGUUCUAAAUGAUCUUUGAGAAUGAUAAAUGUCAUGUAAAAUUGCUAUGGGCCAAUUACAUUAGCAAUUACAAUUGUCUUCGAUAUAAUUGCUACGAAGGGUCUUGUCGUGAAGCAUGUAGCGGCUUUAACUCCAUGUUGUGAUUUAAUAUUGAUUGUUUUACUUUAACUGAACGGACCCUUACCCAUUAGGCGUAUGUACCAUUAAAUAUUACUUUCAAAGUUAGCUUAAGAAGCUUCGUAUCACUAAAAUUAAGGGCUUGUUUGAGUCCACAAAAUGUGCUGCAUAACCUUACCUGAAGGACUUACAGCAUUCCUUAAAUUGAGUCUGCUAUAGUUGUGGAAGCAAGACGUCGAUCUAUGCAAUGUAGUGCUGUCUCGUUUCAACAACUUUGAGGGGCUCUCUCUAAGGGGUGUAGGUAAGCCCGCCGAAUCGUAUUUAAAUAAAUUUAUAAGUAGUUGAACAAAAAAUCAUUGUUUUAUAAAAUGUUUAUUGCCGUUUGUAACACUUGUACACGUUUCUGGUAAUUUCUACUGUGUACAUACAUAAUGUUGUCGGCUAAUGGUUUCAUAUACACUAAUUGUUAUGUUAAUUACACUGGUGUUUCUGCCUCUAAUAAAAUGGUUUAUAAAUA